AUAACACAUGAGCACUAUGGGUCAUAUAUAAAAGCCCUUUUCUAUUUCAGCACUGUCAUAGCGCUUCUGACUCUACAUUCAGAGCUACAUCAUGAAGGUUCUAGUGUUGUUCUUGGCUUCUGCAAUCUAUGUUGGGGCAAAUCAACAUCAUGAUUUAGCAACUGUUGCUCAUAUGGUGGUAGCCGAUGCAGACACUAAUCAUGAUGGUGCCAUAUCGGUCGAGGAGCUAAAACAUGAGCUUAUUGCAAAAUGGGACCGUGACGCUAACCCAACUGACAUGCGUGUGUCAAAACAUGACUUCUUGACGCAAUGGACGGCACGUUAUGGGGAUUUCCACCAUGAUGCCAGUGUGUUCUUUGACAAGCUUGACACAAAUAAAGACGGCCAACUGUCGGAAAGUGAUUUAUUAUUCCACAUAUUCACUUUGGACCCAGAUCUGAAUGGUUUAGUGACACCUCAAGAAUUCGAAGCCUUUAUCAUGAAGAAUCAUCCCUGUGGGCACCAUGGUAAAUUUGGUUGUGGAACUGCAUAACAAGAUUGUUAUGUUUCAAAUAUGAGCAUUCAUUACGUAAAUGAGCAGAUUAAAUUGUCAACAAAUA